AUGGCAUUUUCAAUGGCGUCUUCGUCAAACUCUGCUCCACCAUCGUCCUCUAGGUCAUGGAGAUAUGAUGUAUUUCUUAGUUUUAGAGGAGUGGAUGUUCGUAAGACCUUUGUUGAUCAUCUCUACUCCGCUCUUAUAGGGAUGAGGGGGCUAAUCGUGAUGCCCAUAUUCUAUGAUGUGGAUCCCUUGCAAGUUAGGAAGCAACAAGGGAAUUCCGGAAAGGCAUUUGCCAAACAAGAAGUAAAGAACAUCAGCAAAGUUUUGCAUGAAACAAAAGUCAUCAAAGAAAUUGUUGAUGAUAUUCAAGAUAGAUUGUUUCCCUUGGAAUCAGAUGUUGAUGAAGAGCUUGUUGGAAUGAGAGAGCGAUUGCAAGAUUUGAUAUCACAGUUAGAAAUUAGGACGAGUGAUGUGCAAAUGGCUGGGAUAUGGGGAAAGACUACUCUCGCGUCUUCUGUUUAUAAGCAAAUAUCUCGCCAUUUCCAUGGUCAUUGUGUUGUGGCCAAUAUUCGUGAGGCGUCAAGCAAACAUGGUUUAGAAACUCUGCAACAAAAGAUUCCAUCGACUCUCUUAAAAAUAGAAGUAGAAGUGCAGAGUGUUGAAGAAGGAAAACACAUAAUGAAGAGUAGGUUAUGUAAUAGAUUUAGGUUUCUUAUGCUGCUGGGAUGCAUGGGAGUAUUGUAA